CAAAGCAAGCAAGCAAGCACGGGGUUCCGUUAAGCGUUUCCUAAUCCUAAUCCAAGCCAGAAAAGAAAAGAGGUUUCCGAACCCGUCGGCUCGCAGCCAGCCAGCCACUAAUCCCCAACGCCUUUUCCUCCCUCCCCCACCCCCUCUCUCUAGACUCGUCGCCGCGGCCGCCAUUCCCGUCCGCCUCCUCCGACCCUCCAGUAAACCCUAGCCGCCGGCCCCCCAUCCCCCUCGCCAGCGCCCGAAUCCGUCGCACCAGCCGAGCCAGGGCUCGCCGAUUCCGGGCCGGCCGGCCGUGGGCUCUCCGUUUCCGCCGAUUUUCUUUCCGGGUGAUUGUUUUUCCGGGGGGUGGUUUCUGCCUUCAAUCCGGUGGAGACAUGGGGAGCCGGAGGGAGGAGGAGAGGAACGAGAAGAUCAUCCGCGGCCUCAUGAAGCUGCCGCCCAACCGCAAGUGCAUCAACUGCAACAGUGUGGGGCCACAAUAUGUAUGCACCAAUUUCUGGACCUUUACAUGCUUGUCAUGCAGUGGGAUACACCGCGAGUUCACCCACCGUGUUAAAUCAGUGUCAAUGGCUAAAUUCACUACCCAAGAAGUGCGGGCUCUUGAACAGGGUGGUAACCAGCGAGCACGUGAUAUCUACCUAAAAGAUUGGGAUUGGCAGCGAAUGAGAUUGCCUGACAACAGCAAACCAGAGAGGAUAAGGGAAUUUAUCAGAACUGUUUAUAUAGACAAGAAGUAUGCUGGUGCGAAGUCCACCGACAAACCAGCCACCGAUAGUGAGAGUGUAAAGGGCAAUGAAAGUGAAACGAGAAGACCUGACUCCUAUCAUUCAUACUCGCAAAGCCCACCUUAUGAUUUUCAGUAUGAAGAUAGACGGUAUGGUAAGCAAGUUAACACGCUUGCUCGGAGGCCUUCGGAUAGGGCACUCUUUGAUGGGAAGCUCGGCAGCCUAUUGUACAGUCCGGGUCGUUCCCGGGAUCAGAUGCAUGAAGAUCGAUUUGCUAAUGAGAGUCACGGAUCAAGAUUUUCUGACUUUUCAGCCUCAAGCACCAGUGACAUUAGGAACGAUGUGCUUUCUCCUAGCUCUCAGGAUACAGGGUACAGCAGCCCUUCUGUUCACCAUUCAAGAAAUGUAUCAACUGAAAAUCCUCAAUCUCAAAGACAUCCAAAUGCAGUUUCACAAAUAGAAUCUAAUGGAGGUCGUCGUUCACAGCGAACAGCUUCUUCUGGAAGUUUUGGAUCGUUUGAUGGUAGCUCACCAUCUAAUAAGUCAGUUGAUUCAGGUGUCCUACCUGAUGCACCUACAGAAAGGCCAGUGCCUUCUGCUGCAAACCGUCAGAGUGGGGCAUCUUCUGUAGCUCAUUCUACACAACCGUAUGCCUUGCAGCAGAGUGUGAAUUCUUCAGCCAGCCAAAUUGCCCUCACCCAAGAAUCUCUGCAGCACGUGCCUGUUUCAACCCAACCACAACCACAACCAACGGCUUUCGCUAAUCAAGACCUCUUUGACAUGUCAACAUUGCCGCAGCCCGUUGCUUAUGCUCCAUCAAUAGAUUUGUUUGCUGGCUUUAAUCAACAGACUGCAUCAGUUCCUAAUGGGCAUUCUGAUGUUGUUAAAGAAGCUGUUCAUAAUGCUGUGGUUCAGAAGGUUGUCACGACUUCAUCGUCUGUAUCAGCAGAAGCAGUCCCCACAUCUCAUCCUGUGCACCAGGAUCUCUUCAGUCUGUCAAUUGUGCAGGACCCAGCAAUUUCCUCAUCCCCUCCAUCGGUGGAUCUGUUUGCUGGUUUUGACCAACAGCUGCCACCUAUGUCUAGUGUUCAUCAUAUUGCACCAGCAGCUCCAUUGCCUGCUAAUGAAGGGUGGGCAUUCUUCGACACACCUCAAUAUGGUUCGUCGACUUCUGUUUCAAAUGUGCAACCUCAGGUGCCCGCUGCAUUGCCAAGUGGAAUUGCCAAAGCAAUUGAUCAAUCAACAUUGCCAAAUUCACCACCAAGUGCCAUUAUGUCACAAACAUCUAUGCCUACAAUGGAUCAGUGGAGUUUAAAUACUGAAGAGGUGAAGCUCCCUGUUUCCAAGGAAAACUCCCAGGCCUGGAAUGCCUUUGGUGAAUCUACUACGGGGAACAUGCCUAAUAAUUUGUUUGCAUUCAAUGAUAUGCCUCAAGUAGCACCUCAUCAAUUCACCAUACCCAGUGUUCCAUAUGUUGGAUCCAGAACUUCCCAGGAUUUGGCUAGGGGUGAGCCUGAAAGGUCAACUCCUGGGGAUAUGUUCCCUGGCUUCAACGUCUCACCUGGUGUCCUGGCUGAGCCAUCAUUUCCUGCACCACUUCAACCCCAACUGGGCAUGGCACCUCAGCCUGGAAAAUCAACAAAUCCAUUUGACAUGGCAUUUGAGUCUGAUGUUGAAGCCAACGACAUGUUUAUGGAUUUGACCUCACUACAAGCAACAUUGCCGGAUCCUCAUGUUCCCGAAGAAUACUCUGUUAGCUUAGCAGAGCCAUGGAUGUCUCAGAAUUCUACUGUGCAAUAUAUUCCUUCUGCAUCUCAGGGAGGAUUGUCAUACAUCCCGGGGCAAGUACAGGACUCCCAUAUACUGAACUCAGCACAGCAAGGACAUUUUCCACCAAGAAAUCCGUUCGAUGAAUCGCACGAAGGAACGGUGAGACAGAGACAGACAGCGCUAGUCUCCUCGCCGGACGACCCGCACGUCCUAAAACCCUACCCAAAAUCUUUCCCCACCCGCCUCCGCCUCCCCCUCCCCCUCCCCGUCGCCAUGCGCCCCUUCCACCCUCCCCGCCCCAGCGCCGCCCAGCCCCACCACCCGCGGCCCGGCGACCCCGGCCAGCCCCAUCCCCAUCCACACGCCCUCCCCAUGCACCACCAGCAGAUGAACCCCGCCGCCUUCGCCGGCUUCGGCGCCGCCAACCCCAUGGCGGCGGUGGCGGCGGCCAACCCCUUCCUCGCGAUGCAGCUCUUCGGCCAGGCACAGCAGCUCCAGAACCUCGGCUACCUCGCCGCCGCCGCCCUCCAGCAGCAGCAGCACCAACAACACCACCACCAGCAACCACAGCAGCAGCAAAAUCCCUUCUUUCCGGGAGGCUUCCCGCCGAACCCCAAUCAGUUCGGGGCCUUCCCUGGCCCGCAGGCCGGCUUCAACGGCGGCGGCGGCGGGUUCCGGCCUGGUGGUUCUGGGUUGCCCGGGCCUCGCCCGCCCUUGCCGGUGAUGGGCGCUGUGGGGAAUGGUUGCAACGGUGGCGGCGGCGUCGGGGUGAAUGGUUCGCCGAGGCCUGUUCUGAACGUUGAUGGGAAAGAUCGGAACAACGGUGGAGGAGUCGGUCAGGUAAACCAAACUACUAACAAAUCAGAUGGCAUCUCUCAUGUUGCCUCUGAAAAUGGCGUGAGGAAUUAUGCAACAGAUCAGAAAUCCCGAUUUAACCCUGGUAGAGAUGGUAAGGAUGGAAGGCAGUUUGGUCCAUCUGGUGGAAGAGGGAGAGGAGAUGGUAGGGGUGGAGGGCAGUUCAGUCCAUCUGGUGGAAGAGGGAGAGGAGAUAGUAGGGGUGGAGGGCAAUUCAGUGCAUCUGGUGGACGGGGAAGAGGAGAUGCUAGGGAUGGAGGACAAUUCAGUGCAUCUGGUGGAAGGGGAAGAGGAAGGCAUUUUAAUCAAGGUCGUGGAAGAGGAAGAAAUGACUGGAGAGAAGGAAAGUCCAAUUUUACAAGUAGUGACAGUCCAAUAUCAGGAGACUGUCACAUUGACAGUCCAGCAUCUGGAGGAGGUCGAAAGCGCCCUCCUAUCAUUUAUGACAAAAAUGAAGUUAAACAGUGGGUUCAAGCACGCAAGAAAAACUACCCUACAAGAGCCAACGUAAACAAGAAGUUGUGUCAGAAUCAAUUGGAUGAGCAAAAGAAAGAUGAAGAGGCCCAAAUGCGCCGUCAGGAACUCAAGGAAGUUAUAGCAAAGCAGAAGGAAUUAGGUUUGGAACUCCCUGAACUACCACCUGGCUAUCUGUCUGACAAUGAGGGUCAACCCAGGGACCCUCAAAAGGAAAGUAAUUGGAAAACUCGACAGGGGGGUGGUCGUUUUGGAAAUCGUGGGCGUGGCCGUGGUCAGGGCCGUGGCCGUGGCAGUGGCCGUGACAAUAAGCGACAGAGGUAUGACAGCAGAGAAGAUUCUCCGUCUAAAAGACCGAGGGAGUGGAACAACAAUAGUCGUUGCCAUGAUGGUGGUGCAGUGGCCAAGAUUAGGGAACCAACCCUGUUGCAGAAGCUUCUUAACUCUGAUAUCAAGAGGGACAGGCAUAGGCUUCUGCACACGUUCAAAUUCAUGGCCUUGAACAAUUUCUUCAAGGAUUGGCCUGCUAAGCCGCUGGAGUUCCCUAGUGUCAAGUUGAACCAGAUUGAGCUUGAAAGUGAUAUAGCCGAGGAAGGCUCAGAUGAUGACUUGCCGGACGCCGAGGCGGCCAAGGGCUGCAGCCUCAGUUUGAAGGAAAACGGUGACCAGCCAGAGUCGAGCUCCAGUGAUGAGGAGGUUGGAAGCGAUGAUGAAGCUGACGGAGGCGACGACAAGGGUGCUGAUACUGAAAUAACUGAAAAGGUUUCAGAUGAGGAUUCCGAUGAUGCGAGCGAAGAAGGGUUCUCAGAUUUCUCAGCCUGAGUUUCUUCUUUCUUGACUAAACCAAGUAUGGGACCGUGUUUUGCGUGUAUAGUCACAGAAUAUUUGUAAGCCUCCUCACAACUUUAUCUUGUUGCCGUGAGCUAUGAUGAUUUCGUUGUAAUGCUUUCGAAUGGUAAGAUGAUAUGGUUGUUGCAAGAAACAGCAGGCACAUGUGAUGUAGUAUAACUUGUAAGGGGUAUCAUCUGUGCACUUU